AUGACCAGAUGUGUGGUGAUUGUAGCAGUAUGGAGACGCCCGCUCGACUUGUCGCUGCUGCAAAAGCCUUUCGACCAACGACUGAUUGUCGUAGGCCCGAAGUCGAUGAUUCACGGGGAGAAUAAGUGCGUUUUCGGCCGUUUUUAUUCUGCCUUCUCGCCGCUUUUGUGGCCUCUAAUCCCGGUGUUUUUGUUUUUAAUUAAUUUGGUGUUGUAGUAUUGACACUUUCCACUAUGUUGAUGGGCCGGUCAGUCGAAAGGACAAAAACUACGCGUCAAUCAUCCAGAAAGUCUUGGAACUUUGCGCCGGCCUCGGCACCACCCGAUGCAGACUGUUGACGUUCGAGCGCGCGCUGCAGCAGGAAAUGGCACAAAUUCGGACCGAGCUGAACCUGGAAGGCCUCAGAUUCAAGCAGUAUUAUGAGUUGUUCAACCGGAAAGAGAUGAAAAGCAUCUGCAAGAAAGGAAGCGUCCCGUCGGCACGGUAAACAGAGCCUUUCAAAGCAUGCAAAACAGUUGCAGAUCGUGCUCGUUAAGCUCGAUUACGGCGCACCUAGAUCAGUGGGUGGAUCAUGCCACAAAUAAUGUGGGAAGGUACCCGAUUGUGGUGAGGCCACAGCAAAAUGUCCAAUACGGGUACUGCGGGAUGAGGAUUAUUCACAAUCCGGACGAAUUCAGUGACUAUCUCAAGGUAAAUUUGCAGUGCGACGUGCUUCGGCAAGUAUUAGUCUUAAUUUUGCUGCCAAUUUUGUUGAAAUUUGUGCCGGUUGUAGCGGAAUUUUAGCAAAAUGUAAUUGAUGACAAACAUUUUUAAAGUGCCAAGUAAAGUUCUCAGAUUUUUGUCGCGCAUACCUCACACAUAAAAAUUUUUUAUAGAAACAUUGCCCUUUACGGAAGCAAAACGUUUGAAGUAAUCUUCUCUAUAAAAGAUCACGUUACAGGAAAUGUUAGCGCGUCAGCACGGAGAAACCAACAAACCUAUUGAAAUCAUUGCUGAAGAGUGCGUGGCGGACGGCCAAGAAGUUGUAGUUAUGUUCUCCUCAAAAACUGGGCUCUUUGGUGAGUAGUGGAUCGCAGUUCUUUUGACUAAAUUGCGUCUCAAUUUUGGUGACUGUCUUCUAUGACAAUCGUAACUUUUCCAGCCGCUAUGGCCGCAGUUGAGCCAAGUUCAACGUUUUUGUCGGCGUCUCGACACCAUGAACCCUAUGCGAUUGAGUAUCUGAAUGCCGAUCAGACCCGAGACAACUUCCCGGGCCUCGAGACGUUCGUGACGCAGACAAUGAAGUCGAUAUUCCCUUUCGAACACAGCGAAGUCCUCUUUUUGAAGGCGUUCUAUAAGGUAAAUAGUUUGUGGUCUCCGUUACGUAUAGCCAUAAUUUUGCGCAAUUACAGACGCAUAGCAACAUAAAAUUUAUGAAUGUCUCCCUGGAGAUUCAUAAUGACACCCUGGCCUCGCUGUUCGCCGAAGCCAAUAAGGGCAAAAGUUGGGAGGCUGCGAUAAUUGAGUCGAUAUUUGAUACGGUAUUAACUCCGAUCGAUGAACCCACCUCACCCAAUGGGUUUUCAACCGCCACCACGGACGUCGUACCUCAGGAUCACAUGCAUUAUGCGGUUUUGAAUUAUCCCACAACAGAAGGGAUCAUCCUACAUCAGGUGACAAUCCCAAAAAGAAAGAGUACGAAGAGAGUGGCGUGGAGAGUGUAUGAGAAUGAGGAGAUGAUCGAGGCGGAAUAUAUCGAUGAUAAUAUUGUUCAGGUGGGAAUUUAUGUAUUCCUUUCAAAAUAACUGUUGUUUUUUCUUACAUCUUUUUCACAAUUUUUAGUAAAAAUUGAAGCGCUGCUCAGAUUUUUUAAAAGUCUGCACACACAUCAGGCACGGGUUUCAAUAGUGUCUGAGAGUUUUAAUGAUAGGUAGAUACACUUUUUGGCUAUAUGAAAAUAGCAAUUUUUAUGCCAAAUUUCGCAAAAAAGUAUAACAUUUUGCAAUUUUGAGCUUAAAAAUCUCGAUUCUUUUUACAAAGCUCGAGCCAGAAAUUUCGCACAUGUCUUAGAAACAAUUAUUUUAAAUUUGUGCUGACAACGAGCUUCAUAUAAGUUUCAGCGUAAAAGUACUUCACCUUUAAAACAUACUAUACGAUUUGCGUCUCGGGGCACUCCUCUUUUGAAACCCGUUCAUUGACUAACCUUUGAUGUCAUAUUUCUGUUUUCCUUCACUUAUCCUAUAUGGGAGUUACCUCAAAAGCUCAAAAGCCUCUUACAGGUCUAUCUCUACAACUCCGACCGUCAACAACUCUUGGGCGAUAUUCGUGAGACCAUCCGCCGCACCCACCUUCCCAUUGACAAGUUCACGCCCAUCGACAAGAACGCGGUUCGUUGGCGGAAGGGCAGAAAAGAGGACCGGUUCUUCUCCGUUGCGGGUAACACGCUCAUCCGUAGCUGCACCACAGCUGAUUAA